UUUGAAGAUGGAUUUGUUUCAAUUGGUUGGCUGUUUUACAUUUCUGCAAUAUAAUUCCCAGACGAUGCUCCAUUGAUUUUCAUGUGUGAUGAAACAGCGCAAUCAGCGCAAAGACGAAAGCCAACACUGCUCUCGAUGAGGCAAAACGCCGGUUGGUUUGAUUCCAUCAAUAACUGCAUCAUCCACAGAAAACCUAAAGCCGCAAUCUUGACAUACAUCCGCAUGCGCCGCUGCUGCGGAGGCAUUGUGAUCCCAGCCGCCCCAUUACUCCUCAAAGCCUGCGCUUCACUUUCUGUGCUUAAUUUCGGGAAAGUUGUGCAUUCUGAAAUCAUCAAGUCGGGAAUUGAAAUCAAUGUGAUGGUGGGGACAUCGUUGGUCGACAUGUACGCCAAAUGUCGCGACAUAGCGAGUGCACGCCAACUGUUCGACGAAAUGCCUGAGAGAAAUUUAAUCUCCUGGAAUACGAUGAUUGGGGGGUACAUGUGGAAUGGAUACGCGGGAGCUGCUUCGGCCUUGUUUGCGAUGAUGAAGGAGAAGACGACGGUCACAUGGAACACCAUGAUCAUGGGGUACGCCAGAAAUGGGGAUAUGGCUACGGCUAGGUUAGUUUUUAAUGCUAUGCCCGAGGGUUUGAAGACUGUGGUGACAUGGACUUCGAUGGUCAGCGUGUACUCCAGCAAUGGGAAUAUGGAGGCGGCGAGGGAGGUGUUCGAGAAGAUGGGAGCGAGGAAUUUCUACGUGUGGUCGGUUAUGAUAAAAGGCUACUUCAAGAGAGGUGAUGCGGUGAAGGCGAGAGAGAUUUUUGAUGGGAUUAGUUUGAGGAACUUGGUGAUCUGGAAUUCGUUGAUUUCUGGAUAUGCGCAGAAUGGGAUGUUUAGUGAAGUGAUGGAUGCUUUUACGAGGAUGCAAGAAGAUGGUUUUGAACCAAACGAGGUCACGGUUGUAGGUGUUCUUUCAGCUUGUGCUCAAGCAGGGAUGUUGGAUGUUGGCAGAGAGAUUCAUGAGAGGCUUCUUAACAGCAGGAUUGAGUUGAACGAGUUCGUUGUUAACUCAUUGGUCGACAUGUAUGCAAAAUGUGGAGAUCUAGGAACCGCUAGGCUGAUCUUUGAGGAGGCGUUGGAAAAGAACUCUGCAACUUGGAAUAGUUUGAUAACUGGAUUCGCCGUUCAUGGCCGAUGCAGGGAGGCCAUCGAGCUCUUUACCAGAAUGGAGGAGUCGAGCAUGAGACCCGAUGGCAUCACAUUCCUCUCUGUUCUUUCUGGGUGCGCGCAUGGAGGUUUAGUCAAAGAGGGGUUGGAGUCAUUCUCGAAGAUGGAGAGAUACGGAGUUAAACGCAGUGUGAAGCAUUAUGGGUGUCUCGUUGAUCUUCUGGGACGAGCAGGGAGGCUUGAGGAUGCGUUAAAUCUAGUGAAGGGGAUGCCCAUGGAGCCAAGUGACGCGAUCCUUGGGUCGCUGCUGGGGGCAUGUAAAACCCACUCUGAUACAUAUAUGACAACAAAGGCGUUGGAGUUCAUAAAUGAGCAUUCUCAUCACUAUAGGCUUCUGUCGAAUAUCUAUGCAGCUUCUGAAAGAUGGGAGAUGGCUGAGAGAAUGCGUGUCGCCUUUUCAGCUACAGAAUGCGAGAAAAUAACCGGAUACAGUGUGCUCACGACUUAAGGCAUUCGAC